CCCUUUUUAGGUGAAACCAUCAAUCAGACACACACUCACCUCACACCUCCUCCUGGCUGUUGUUGUUGUUUAUUGUACUGUAUCAACCAACCAAAACCAAUACCCAAAACCGCCCUCUUUCUCUCUCUCUCUCAAUCAUCAUCCGCCCAACACCUGAAUCCAAUUCCAAUUCCAAUUCUAAUUCUAUAUCAUAAAAUUAAUUCCUAUUUUCCCCAAAUCAAAAACCCUAAAACCCACUUUCGAUCUUUAUAUUUAUUUUAUUGAUUAUUCAUAAACAAGAAUUAUGGAUGGUGAUUCAUGGGCUGCUCGUCUUUCUUCAACAUCCAAACGUUAUCAAUAUGCUCUUCAAUCCCACAGAUCAUCAUCUGAUAUGUUUUUAGGGUUUGAAGAUGUAGAGAUGGAUGAUGAUAUACAGAUACAGCAGCAGCUGAGGGAGGAAUUUCCGUGCCCAUUUUGUACUUGUUAUUUCGAUAUUGUCGGAUUAUGUUGUCAUAUCGAUGAUCAACAUCAUCUUGACUCCAAAAAUGGGGUAUGUCCAAUUUGUGCGGUGAGGGUGGGGGUAGACAUGGUAGCCCAUUUAACCUUGCAGCAUGGAAACAUAUUUAAGAUGCAACAAAAGAGGAAAAGUCGAAAAGGUUCUGUAUCAACACUUUCAUUACUAAGGAGGGAACUACGAGAAGGAAAUUUGCAGUCUCUUUUUGGAGGAUCCUCUUAUUUAUCUCAGCCAACGAAUGCGACACCUGACCCAUUGCUGUCAUCUUUUAUUUUGCCAAUUGGUAAUGAUUUGGAGAGCGCCCAGUCUAAGUCUUCAGCCGAAUCGGUUGCUGUAGCUAAAAGCACAAGUGAGCAGGCAUCUGAAAGGAAGCCUCAGUCACCUCCGUUAUCAAUUGAAGACAAGGAAGAGAGGAGUAAAAGAUCAGAAUUUGUGCAAGGAAUGUUGCUGUCAACGAUUUUUGAUGAUGGCUGCUUGUAAAGAAAGAUGUUACUGGAUUUCUUGUUUCCAGGCAAGGUUGUGAUGGGGGAGGGUUCUAUAUGUUCAUGUAAUCAGGAGAGUGAAAUGUAGCAAUAAAAUGUGUAAUUUAUGUCUGCGAAUUGUAGUCGCUUGUAUUGCUAUUCAAAAAAAGAAAAAAAGAAAUAAGUAAUAGAAAUAAUAGGUGCGAUGGCGUUUGUAAGUUGAUGAUACAUAUUUAUAUACUUUAGUUGCUUCAUCUCAUGACAAUGAAUGAAAUUAUGUUUUUCUUCA